UGAAUUUCAAUAAACAUUGAUCUCUCAAGAUGCGUAUUAUUUUCUUGGCCCUCGGUUGUCUAGCGGUUGUCGAUGCUUCUGCUGAGAAAGUCGUUGUGUGUUACUUUGGCAGUUGGUCGGUCUAUCGACAAGGAAAUGGAAAAUUCCAAAUCGAGGACAUCGAUCCAUUCCUCUGCACUCACUUGAUCUACAGCUUCGUAGGACUCAAGGGUGAUAGAAUUAAUAUUACGGAUCCUUGGCAGGAUUUACCUGACAGCGGGGGAAAGAAUGGAUUCGGGCGUUUCAAUGAUUUGCGGAAGAAAAAUCAGUUGUUGAAGACUCUGAUUGCCAUUGGAGGAGCGAAUGACAAAUCGGUAAAAUAUUCCAUAAUGGCUAGUGAUUGGGUAUCACGUGAGAGAUUUGCUGAUAAUGUUGUUAAAUUCGUGAAAAAAUGGGGAUUCGAUGGUUUCGAUGUUGACUGGGAAUAUCCAGGGCAGAAUGGAGGCGCUCUGGCAGACAGAGAGAAUUACACUGAGCUUUUGAAAAUUUUGAGAUCACGGUUUGAUAAAGAGGGAUUGAUUCUGAGCGCCGCUGUGGCUGCUGCUGAGGUUUCCGCCUCGAAGUCGUACAAUAUUCUUGAGAUCUGCAAAUAUUUGGAUUUUGUCAACAUCAUGGCUUAUGAUCUUCAUGGCUCUUGGGAAUCUGUCACUGGAAUCAAUGCACCACUUCGGGCAGCUUCUUCUGACACGGCCCAAAACAAGAAGUUGACUGUUGAAGCUGCAGUGAAGUACUGGUUGGAACAAGGUGCCCCGCGGGAUAAACUGGUUCUAGGGAUGCCCCUGUAUGGACGUACCUUCACUUUGACCAAUUCAUCGGAUAAUGGAGUUGGAGCACCUGCUCUUAGAGCUGGCAAUGCUGGGCCUUAUACUCUUGAGCCUGGAUUGCUGGGGUACAACGAAAUUUGCGAGAGGCAGAGUCAAGGGAACUGGACUGUCAUCUAUGAUGAGGCGUAUCAUGCACCUUAUGCUUGGAAAGGCAGCCAGUGGGUCGGAUAUGAUGACAUCAAAUCCAUCCGCAAGAAAGCAGAACUCGUCAAGGAAUUGGAUCUCCGUGGUGCCAUGGUAUGGAGUAUCGAGACUGAUGACUUCACGGGAUCCUGCGGUCAUAAAUAUCCUCUCCUCAAGACCAUCAAUUCAGUAAUAACAAUUAUGAAACCUCCGCCUUCUCAAUCUUCAGGGGAAAAUUCCUCUUCUCCUGUGUCCUGCAAUGGCGGAUUCUCAAAUAUGCACCAUUCUAAUCUAAUCGUUUUAUUAGUGACGACAUUCUCCCUUUAUCAAUAAACAACAAUUGAUAUUAUAUUGUUCAUAGAAUUUUUAUUCUACACCCGGACUAAACACGAGAUUCGUUCAAGGAAA